AUGCCAGAGAAGUCUCGCUACAACAUCGACACCCCAUCCACCGACGUCCUCAGCUACAUAUAUUCUGAAAACGAAACACCAGCAGACGCUCCAAUAUGGAUCGAUGCCGACGACACAUCCAAUUCGCUCUCGCUCAAACAACUUCUGUAUUGGGCCAGGAGACUCGGAGUCGGACUCGACAAACUCGGCAUCCAACAGAAUGAAGCCGUCAUGAUGUAUACCAACAAUCACAUCUUCAUCCCGGUGUUAUACUUUGCGGUCGCAGGCUCGGGACGCAUAUUCACUGGCUGCAACCCUGCUUACGGAGUCGACGAGACAUCGUAUCAGCUGGAGAAUACCGGUUCAAAAGCCAUCUUCGUCGAGCCACCUUAUCUGGACACGGUCUUGAAGGCGGCGGAGAAGACUGGUGUACCCAGAGACCGCAUAUUCCUCUUCAGCGACCGGCCUUGCGAGGCAAAGCACGGCAUCAAAGACUUCCGCUCAAUCCUAGGCUCAGAGCAAGAAUCCAGUCAAUGGCAAUGGCACCGCAUGACCCCCCAGGAAAGCAAAACCCGCACAGCCGCCCUCAACUACUCCAGCGGCACCACUGGCCUUCCUAAGGGCGUGAUCGUGUCCCACCAAAACAUCAUCGCCAAUGUUGAACAGUCCAUCUACAUGCGCAACCUCGAACAACCCUCCUCUCCGUCCCCAGAACGCUGGCUAGGCUUUCUCCCUCUCUACCACGCCUACGGCCAGCUCUGGAGCAUCGUCGCUGCCGCCAUCACGCAGACACCGUGUUAUUGCAUGCGCAGCUUCAACUACCGAAACUGGCUCUCCCACAUCCAAAAUCACCACAUCACGCACAUUCAAACCGCGCCGCCGAUCCUGGUUAUGCUCGCCAAACGUCCUGAAACCCAAGAAUACGACCUCUCCUCCCUCGUCAACGUGCUCUGCGGCGCCGCUCCUUUGUCGAAAGAGUUACAAAACGAAGUCUCCGCCAAAUGCGGCCUCAAAGUCAUUCAAACAUGGGGCAUGACGGAGGUCACCUGCUCCUGUCUCCACGUCCCCGGCGGGCGAGACGACCGCUCUGGUAGCGUUGGACUCAUCGACCCGAAUGCGGAGAUGAAGUUGAUCAACGAUGAGGGGCAGGAAGUCGGACCCGGGGAGCGGGGGGAGAUAUAUGUUCGUGGUCCGAACAUUACACUCGGGUACUGGCGAAACGAGCAAGCUACGCGGGAUGCCUUUGAUGCUGAGGGGUUUUUGAAGACAGGGGAUGUAGCGGUGAAGGAUGAGGAGGGGUGGCAUUGGAUCGUUGAUCGGAAGAAGGAGUUGAUCAAGGUGAAGGGGUUCCAGGUUGCGCCGGCGGAGCUCGAGGCGGUGUUGUUGGAGAAUGAGCAUGUGGCGGAUGCCGCGGUGUGCGCGGUGCAGGGGGAGUAUGAGGAGUUGCCUAGGGCGUACGUGGCGUUGAAGGAGGGUAGCAAAGGGAGGGUCAAGGAGGAAGAAGUCCAAAAGUGGAUUGAGGGUAGGGUUGCGCGGCAUAAGAGACUCGAUGGGGGCGUGAGGUUCAUUGAUGAAGUGCCAAAGUCCGUCAGUGGCAAGAUUCAGCGCAAGCUGCUACGGGAGUGGGCGAAGACGGACCCGGCAACGACAGCACCCAAGGCGAAGCUGUAG